AUGGUUCGCGGCGCUGAAUACGACAACGGUGUUCCCCAGAGCGACAACCCCGUCGACGCGGGCACCACCCAGGCUCAUGGCACUGGUGCCACUGACGCCCCCCUCGACCGCACCAAGAAGGUCGCCGACAUGCCCGAAGAGACCGGCUCUCAGCGCGAUGUCUUCCCUGGUCUGGCCGGCUCCGGCAACAACAGCGGCAAGGGCGGACACGAGCCCAAGACCCUCGGCGAGAACAAGGGCCAGGGUGCUCAGCCCGGUGUGUAA